CCACACUCGAUCAAAGACUCGCCACUUCCCUCGGAGGUUCUUGCUCGCCUUCGCCUCAGUUCUUCGAGCUUCGCAUCCUCGCCUUCGGAAUAUUUCAGGAAAAAUUCCGCGAUUUCAUUGAAGGAAAACUCAGAACUCGUUGAUGUUUGCGUUGUUUGGAACCUGAAUCGUUUGGAGCACUGUCGUGUUGUGGAAUCGAAGCGGAGGCUGAGUUGGUCGAGCGAUUCUCGACGGCCAUGGAGGCUUAUAAGCGGUGGGUUCGGAGGAACAAGGAGUAUGUGCACUCUUUGGAGUCUCUGGCCAACGGUUUGACAUGGCUGCUGCCAGAGCGAUUCUCUUCUUCAGAAAUAGGACCAGAAGCAGUGACUGCUAUCUUGGGUGUCAUAACUGCCAUCAAUGAACACAUAAUUGAUACCGCCCCAUCUCAGAUCCACACUGGUCAUCCUGCGCCUUCCGCAUUUCCUUAUUCGUUAUGCAUAUCUGCAUUGAAGGACUUGGAAACACUUGUUGAAGUCGUAGCGCAACAUUAUUACGGUGAUACCAAGAAGUGGAACUUCAUUGCAGCUACAGAGGCUAUUAAGUUUUUGGUUAGGUUAGCCAUGUUUCGGAAUAGUGGCUAUAGGAUGCUUCUACAGGGCGGGGAGAUUCCAAAUUCUGAGGAGAAAUUAGAAGUUUGCUCAUCACAGUCCAGACAUGGAGAUUUCAGAAAACCUGGAUUUUAUAGCGGGCCUGGUUCUUUCAGGAAUUGCGUUGGGCAGAAUGGGUGGAAUCUGGAAGGAAGAGCACUGUCAGCAUUAAACAGAUUUGGAGAGAAUGCCAGAAUGGUUUCUGACCCAGUGUGGUUGCGCAGGGUGCAGCAGCAGAAUGCUAUUAUGGAACCUCUUGGUAGGCAUGUCGCUCCAAAGGCAGAGACAUCAACAUUGUCAUCUAUUUUGUCCGAGAAGGGUGUGCAUGGAUCGUUAUAUCUCAUGGGGGAGAUCCUAUUUAUCUCAAGGCCACUAAUCUAUGUUUUGUUUAUUAGAAAGUAUGGAACUUGGUCCUGGACUCCUUGGUUUCUUUCGCUGGCCAUGGAUGUCUUUGGUGUUGGCAUCUUUUCUCAAGUUACUUUGUCUGGGUGCGGUAGUGAAGACCGCAAGUUUCAGUACACCACUUCAGAAAAAGAUGAGUUGAAAAGAAGAAAGCUACUCUGGGCACUCUACCUGAUGAGAGAUCCAUUCUUUAGCAAAUACACAAGGGAAAGGCUUGACAGAGCAGAGAGACUCUUGGAACCUGUUCCCCUUUUUGGGGCUCUUACAGCUAAAGUCAUAGAGCUGAUUUUCGGAGCCCAAACACGGUAUACAUACAUGUCGGGCUCAUAAGAGCGAAGCCUUAGAAAGCUGUGCUACUCCUUGAGCUGCCAUGCCCGCCAGAAAUAGACUACAAGGACCGUGUCCACUAUUCUCAGGAGUUACCGCGAGUUGAGGGACGUUGUCUUGGUGAAGAAAAUCGACAUUUUGAUGUUUUUGGAAAAUAACGCAACAACUAUUAACUGGUGAAGGUCUGAUGGAGAUCCCCAAUUGUACACUGGUUCCUUGGUUUUGUUGGAAAUAGAUUUUGCUUCUUAACUUGGAUUGCAUCUGGAAGUUCUCAUCGCGCAGACUUCACUGUGGAGUCAGGGCUCAAUCAUGUUCGAUUUUCUUGGGGGGGUUGAGGGAGAAGAUCUUGUGUCCCCUUUACUCUAUGCUGUCUAAGAAUUCUUCUUCCCUUUUGUUUUCUUCCAUGUUUGUCUUCAAGCCAAGCCCUUUGUUUAGAUCCCUGCGUACAGAAGAAUAUUGGUAAUGGUCGAGUGACAUUGCUUCUUCGGUUCGAAUGAAGGAAUCCUUUAGAUGUGAAAAAGUGGGUUUGUUCUGUUA